CCUCCUUUCCCCGCCCCCUGCCCCUCCUCCCGGGUCCCCCGCGUCGCCAGCCCUCCGCGCCAGUCACUGACAGCUGCGACGCUGCGAGCUUCAGCUCCUCUGCUCUCUACCGAACAGGUCAGCCAUCAUGGCACAGCUGGGCUGCUGGCUGAUGGUUCUCUUCGUGGCCACAUGGAGUGACGUGGGCCUCUGCAAGAAGCGGCCAAAGCCUGGAGGAGGAUGGAACACUGGGGGGAGUCGAUACCCAGGGCAGGGCAGCCCCGGAGGCAACCGCUACCCACCCCAGGGCGGUGGCACCUGGGGGCAGCCUCAUGGUGGUGGCUGGGGACAGCCUCAUGGUGGCGGCUGGGGGCAGCAGCCUCAUGGUGGUGGCUGGGGACAACCCCAUGGUGGCAGCUGGGGACAGCCCCACGGUGGUGGUAGCUGGGGUCAAGGAGGCACCCACAAUCAGUGGAACAAGCCCAGUAAGCCGAAAACCAACAUGAAGCACGUGGCAGGCGCGGCCGCAGCUGGGGCUGUGGUCGGGGGCCUCGGUGGCUACAUGCUGGGCAGUGUCAUGAGCAGGCCCAUGAUUCACUUCGGCAGUGACUAUGAGGACCGCUACUACCGCGAAAAUAUGAACCGCUACCCCAAUCAGGUGUACUAUAAGCCCGUGGAUCAGUACAGCAACCAGAACAACUUCGUGCACGACUGCGUCAACAUCACCAUCAAGCAGCACACGGUCACCACCACCACCAAAGGGGAGAACUUCACCGAGACCGACAUCAAGAUAAUGGAGCGCGUGGUGGAGCAGAUGUGCAUCACGCAGUACCAGCAGGAAGCCCGGGCUUCCUACUACAACUCCAGCGUGGUCCUCUUCUCCUCUCCGCCCGUGAUCCUCCUCCUCUCCUUCCUCAUCUUCCUGAUAGUGGGAUGAGGGAGGUCUUCCUGUCACCACCAUCUUCUUAAAUCCUUUUUUCAGGUUGGGGGAGGGGUAUCCACCUUGCAGCCCUUUUCAGCGGUCUCUCGUUCUUGCUUCUUCUUUGUCCCCCAUAGGCUAAUACCCUCGGCACAGAUGGGCACUGGGAACUAUAGGGUAGACUUGGGAUGCUAUUUAUUCGAGCCCCUAUGGAUGGAGUUCUUCACAGGCCAAUGCUAAAGCCAGGUCAGAAAGAGCAUAAUGGCCAAUAACCACUGCUCUGUCUAGGUUUAUUCUGGGUCUAGAGCGAUAGGUUGAGCCUAAAGCCAAUCUCAAAACAGUCCUUGAACACCUUUGCCUGAAUCCCUCUGGCUCCUUCAGCAACUAGGGUUCAGUGCACUCAUGUCCACCUUAGCAGUGAUUUCUUAGCAAUUUGGAGACAUUUUCUCAUUCGCUUUAAGAAAACCUACUGGCCUUUCUGCCAAUUGGAAAGAGGCCGCAUGAUACUCACUAAACAUUAAAUAAUAAAAAUCUUUCGCUCUCGGGCCGCAGGCUCAGCCCGUCGGAGCGUGCGCUCUGUGUCUGUGGGGAAUUGUGAUAUUUUGCAUUUCGCAGGGCCAGCUGCAGUUACUAUUGCAUCGACAGCAAAUGUUGGUGCAACACCAAGUUCUGCCGGAGGACCUUUUCACAGGGCAUGACUAUAACUGUAGCACGUGCAACACACGGAUGCAAGGUUUCCAAGACUGAAAACGCCAGCCUUUGGGAAGCCAGCACUUAGAAGCUGUUGAAAGUACCUACAUGUGGCAUUCAUUCCUUUCUUGGUAACAUAAACGAUAGAUCGUUAAGACAGGAAAAGAUUAAAUUACCUUCUGGUAAACCUGCUCUGUUCAUUUACCUGGAAGCCAGAAUAAUCUUAUCACAGUUUGGGUUAAAACCAGGAGAUUUUAACACAGGAAAGCCGCUGUGGUGAAAACACAAUCUGCAGAGGAUUGUGUGAUGAAGAGAAUGCUUAAUGUACAAAGCAAAGAAAUGCUCGCCUCUCCUCAUUUCUGUCUCACGAUUGUCAGAAACUAGAAUUAGGUCGAGUCCUUAGUUUCUAUGAUUGGCUUUUGAAUCAAAGAACAGGGUGACAAUCUAAAAAAUAAUCUUCUCUUGAAGAUGACAGAAAUAUUCAUUCAGAGUGCAAAGAGAAAUUUUGUUAAUGUUAUUUAAGUGCAGUGAAAUUAUUCCCUGAAGUGUUCAAUAUUGUCAUCUAGUAGAUAGAUGCUACUAUUCUGCAAUGUUACUGGCUUGCACUGUGUGGGUACUCUAUGUUAAAACACACACACACACGUACACAUAUAUAUAUAUAUAUAAAAGAUGUAUUGCAUAUGACAGACUUAGAGGUUUCGUUUAGAACAGUUAACAUCUGAGCUAUCUAAUGCAUUAACUGUUUUGUAAGGUACUAAACACUUGCUAUGCGGGAAACCCCGUUGCGUGGUCCUUAGGCUUCCAACGUGCACUAAAUAGUUUUGUAUAAGAAUCCAAAGUGGACACCAUCAACUGGUCUUUGAAAUACGCAUGUACUUUAUAUUUUCUAUAUUUGUAACUUUGCAUGUACUUGUUUUGUUGUAUAAAAAAAUUUAUAAAUGUUUACUAUCCGACUGAAAUUAAAUAGGAACUAAGCUGAGCA